AUUGUUUUUGAUUGCUUGUGAUACUGUGGCACUAAUUAUAAGUUAUUGUUUGGUAUUUCUGACGUGGAUUAAUAUAUGGAGCAAGUCAGGACAGUCAACCCCAACAUAUAUAAGGAGGCACAGACGUCGUCCUAGGCAUCAAACAUCACAACUGCUAAGAUGGCAUUGGCUCUUCGCUCUCUGUUCCUCCUUUGUGGGUUGACCGGACUGUUGACAGGAGUCGGGUCCUUCCCUUCAAGAAUUUACAAAGACGUGAGCUGUCCUGAAGGAUGGACACAGCUGGACUGCAAGUGUUACAUCUACCAAAGUGAAGAGAGGGAAUUUGCAGAUGCAGAGGCCGUUUGCAACGUUCUGGGUGGCAAUAUGGUCUCCAUUACCAGUGACUUGGAGAAUGCGGUUGUGCAAGAGCUGAGUGAUGACGAUAGUUCAGUCUGGAUUGGACUAUAUGACAACAUUAAUGAGGGAAGCUACUUUUGGACUGACGGCACAAACAAUGAUUACGACAACUUUGCUAAUACGCAGCCUGACAGUACAAGUGGUGAUUGUGUAGAGAUGGAAACAUCAACUGGAGAAUGGAACAGUGAGUUCUGCUCUACUUCAGUUCCCUAUGUUUGCAUUAGGGAUGCUGGCCACUAGGUCAUUCUUCUUAGAAUCCUGUCGUCUGUCACAACUGAGUUCCUUGAUCAUGACGACUCAAUGGCGCGAUAACGAC